GUUCAGUGAAAGUGGUAAUAAGUGACCUAUCCAAGAUUGAUUUUCUGCAUAAUGUGAACUCAUCUACCAACUUUUUGACGAUGUAUUCUGAGUGGACAUCGUUAACUGAAAGUAUCCAAUGCCCAGGGGCACCAAGUCGAAGUGUGCUUCGGCAGUAUCCCAUGGGUGUUGGGCGAGAAGUUUCAGUCAUUACUGUGAAGCACUUGACACAAAAUUUGGGACUCACUGCAACUCCUGCUUCACCAAGUUUCUUGCUUGAAGAGCGUGAUGUGGAUUGGAGCAUGGAGGUCAUUUGCCAUGGACUCACUCUUCCCCUGUCUGACCAUGAUACUUUGAGAGACUGUGUCAAUGUUUAUUGUGAAUGGUUGUCUGCAUUGUGCUCACUUCCAAAAGUAUCAGUCCCUCGACCUGUUUUAGAAGAUCCCAAUCUCUACUGUCGAAAAAUGAUCAAGCACCUGUACAAUCUCUUUGUUCCUCGACAUGGUGAUCCUCCAGACAUAACUCACAAGCAAGCUGUCCUCUGCCAUAGGGUUCUGAGAACUCUUCAGACUGUAGCACAAACAUCAGCCAAUAUGACUUAUGAAACUUGGGAAACUCUUCUAUUAUUCCUGUUGUCCAUAAAUGAUACUUUGCUCUCACCUCCAACUAUCAAAGAUGAUAUAGGUGAUCAGCUCUGCGAGCGUGUGUUGAGUGUGUUAUUUGAGAUAUGGUUGCUUGCUUGCCAUAAGUGUUAUCCAACUCCUCCAUUGUGGAAGACCUUCCAAGAAGUAUGCAGAAGAUGGAGACAUCGACCAGCUUUGGUUGACCAGUGGAACAGAGCUAAUUUUGCUCUUGCAGCUCGUGUCUUAAAGUUCAUGUAUGGGCCAGCAUAUGCUGAUUUGAAGUUGCCUGAAGAGGAUGCAAACUUGGUACCUGCCAAUAUGGAGAAUUCCACAUUGGCUCAGACUUGGUACAGAAUGCUACGCAUAAUGGGUGAUCCAGUGGAAUUGGCUAAGGCAGCUGUCAUCUCAGACACUCAUCCUUUCAUUGAAUGGUCUGGGACCCAGGAGUCAGUAGUUGAACCAUGUCAGCAUCCUUGCCUUGGUGUCCUCCCUCAGGCAUUCUUGAAGGCCAUGCGAGGAAUUUCUGGUCUUGUUGAUGCCUUUCUAGGCUUCCCGAUGGAGUUAGAUAGUUUGAUUUCGCCUCGGCACGGUCUCUCUUUACCUCCUCCUCCUCCUACUCAGCACUCAGAAACUCCUCCUCCCCCUCGUGAGAGGCGGGGCUCUACUGGGGCGAAAGGCAACUCGCCCAAUCUUCGGGUUACGGUAAUUAGUGGAGGAAUUUCUCCACAUCCAUAUCCAAGUGGAAAGUCAUCUAUGGUUGCUGGUCGUCCAAGGUGCAACUCCAUCCUCCAUCUCUUUGGCAGCUGGCUUUUUGAAGCUGCUCUUCUUGGAGUCUCUCUUCCUCCAACUCCCACUACUCGUGAUCGUGUUCAACGUCACGAUUCAGUCACUCGUCGUCCUAGUGCUGUGCUUGCAGACCGUCGCAUGACAGAGACCCAGGAUUUGCCUGAAGAUGUCAAGUUGGAAAAAUUUGAACUGGGCAGAGCAGAAGCUCUUGGAGCCCUUUGCCGAAUAUUCUGCUCCAAGAAGACUGGUGAAGACAUUUUGCCUGUCUAUCUGGCACGGUUCUAUAUUGCAAUUCAGCAAGGUCUUCGAGUAUCUGGCGGUCCAGCCUCACCAGAAGCAAUUGCUAGCAUACUGCUCAACUCUGAAGACUUCUUCAGACUAGAUCUUGAUGGUGUGCAGAUUUUGUUACCAGAUGUGGUAAAUGCCAUUGAAGCAGUUUUAGCUGUUGAGAAGGAACCCAUGUUCAAGAGUGGUGCACCUGUCUCAGCACUACGGUCUGCUUCAAUCAACAUUCUUCUAUCUAUCCUAAGUGUCCCAAUGCAUCUUGGUAAUUUGAACAUUAGAGAACUGCUUCCAUCUGUGAGUGGGUCUCUCAUCUCAGUAAGAGCUCCCACAUUUCUUCAUCUAAAGCCCAGGCUCAUCAAUACUCUCACCACUGCCCUGCAAUAUGAGACUGAUCCAAACAACACAGAAAUGCUUCUAGGGGGUCUGAUGACAUGUGUCCAAGAAGCAGCAGCUUAUGAGACACUGCCAAGGAAUCGGGACAUCAGUGGGUUUGACAUACAUGUCAGUUCCAUCCAUUCCGAUCCUCCAAGCAUCCAUUCAAGUGAGAUGGGAAGCCUGAAAGAGGAGGAUUUAGAGAGUCCCCAUGGCAGCAUGAGCCUUGACCUUGCUUCUAUUGACACUGCAUCUACUCUAUUUGUGAAGGCAACCUAUCUAGUGUGUCAUAGACUGAUCACAGCAUGGAAAGGUGAUCUGAAUGUUUCCCUGGCUGCUCUAGAACUUCUCUGUGGGUUAGCUCGUCUUCAUUUCCCUGAACAAGAUCUGCUUGAAUGUAAGAGGGCUGUACGAUGGCUCUGUGAUUACAUAGUCUAUCAAUGUUCCCGUCCCCCACCUGCCCACAGUCGGGAUCUCCAUUCCUCAAUUGUGGCUGCCUAUCGAUGCCUUUCCUUGUGGCUUCUUCACUAUCCUACCCUUCUUCAUGAUCGUGACUCCCUCAACAUUGUUCUGGAGGUUGUAGAACUUGGAAUCUCAGGCUCCAAGUCUCGAACCAAGCUGUCAGGACCUGUGGUCAUGAAACAAGAUAAAGACCUGAAGCCAGUUUCCAUGAGAGUUCGGGAUGCAGCUGAAGCUGUGCUAUCACUGGUCUUCAAUCAGGUUGGAUAUUUCCCAUCUCCUUGUGGAUCAGAAAGUCUUUCAUCUCUCUUGGAUGAAGAGUCUCUGGUGAAGCAAGGAAAUGUGUAUGCAGAUGGAGAUGGUCCUGUUGAUCACAGUGAAGCCGUCCAGUUCUUUCGAUACUUUGUUUUGGACAAUUCCAUUAUUCUUGCUCUCCUUGAGGAACCUCUGGGGAAUGAUCAGGAUCCACACCCUACAGUGACUAUGUUGCUCAGGGGUCCAUUUGGCCGACUUGCCUGGACCAUGCAAUUACGACCACUUCCUCGACAUAAGUCUGGCCUGAAGACACAUGUUUUCAAUCCUGGCAGACCUCUCCCUAUCUCAGAUUUAGGAGUUCACUUUGAUUAUAAGCCCAAGUACUUCCCUGAAAGUGCAGAUCGAAUACCAUUAUGCAAGGCUGAUAAGGCCAUCCCAAGCUUGGACUCCCUAAUUGCAUCAGAUCCUAAGCUCCAACAAAGCCAUGCCAAACUGGAAAAAAUUUUGGCCAGCCAGAUGGCAAUGGAAAAGCAGUUGGAUGAGAAAUCUCAGUCAGUACAACGAGAAUAUCCCAAUCCUGAGACAGAGUGCCGGGCCCCAUCAGUGGUCCAGGAAUUCCAGACUGCCAGGCUCUUCCUAUCUCACUUCAAUCUUCUCUCAUUAGAGUCCCUCAAGGUAAAGAUUUGCAGUGCAGGGCAUAAUAUGUCUAUCAGACAGAGAAAGAAUACAGGAUAUUGGAAUAAGAUGCAGUGGCCGGUUCCUCCACUGUGUGCCCUGAACUCGAAGGAGAGUUCAUUUGUGACAGAUUUGGAACAGUUGGACUGCAUGGGUGAUAGAACAUUUGACACCAUUCAUGUCUUCUAUGUCAGAUCUGGCCAGAAGAGUAUCAAGGACAUCCUCACUAAUGUUAACUCCUUCACAAAUCAGCUCUUGCAUGCAAGUGACACAGUACACUUCAUGUCUCCUUCAAAUGUUCCUGUGGAAAUUGUGCCACAGGAGUCCAACCGGACAGUUGGGAGGGAUUUCCUUGAAUUCCUGUAUUCCUUGGGGAGUCCAGUCAAUGUCCACACUCAUGCUGGCUGGACUGGGCAUAUCAACACUGCCUGGAGGGUGAGAGAGAAACUGGGUGACUUUUCUGGAUCAGAAGAGAAGAAAACUCAUGGAGGAAUGUUGUACAAUGGAGAGGACCAGGUUCUGUAUUGGGCUGAUGCUGUGAGUGAGAUUGCAUGUGUCAUUCCAUCAAGGAAGCCCAAGUUGCCACAUGUCCCACAUCAGGCCUCUGCUGAGAUUUCUCAAGUAUUGAAGCAGGGCUCAUCAACAGAGCGAAGUCGAGCUCAAAGUCUGGACACGGACUCACAAAGCUCAGGCUUCUCGGAAACAGAGACGCAAGGAAGCAAUCGGAAAGGAGCCAAAUUAAGGACAGAAGCCCUCAUUACCACCAAGGUCUUGGUUGCAUGGAUUGAGAACUUCCAGGAUGUUUACACACUACCCAUUGGUGACAUGGUGUCAAUGUGCAGCACAGGAUUGGAACCCCUUGGCUUUUUUCAGUCACCACAGAUGUGGGAAAAGCUGACCACAGUGAUCUGCAUUCAUCCACUUCAGACUGGCCUCUAUCGGGUUCACUUGCAAGGGAAUAUUGGGAAGAGCUUGGUUACUCCUCUGGUUGAUGGGAUGGUUGUCAGUCGCUGUGCAUUGGGUGCCCUGGUGAGGCAGACAGCCUUGAACAUUGGGCAUCGGAGAUGGCUGGAAGCCGAUAACUGCUAUCAGCCUCAUGUUCGUCGGAGGCUCAAGAUUCAAGAGAUGGUGCAGAAAUACUGCCUGAAAAUGGACACACCUGAGUUCCUCUCUCAUCUCUUCUGCUCCACACCAUGAAGUCAAGGAAAGAAAUGCUCUAAAACCAAAGAUGACUGUAUCUUUAGUGGGAUAGUACAGCCUCCCAGUUUCUCCGUCCAGCCUCUUCUCUACCUUUUUCAUAGUGUGAUUCCUAGAGGUCUGUUUACUGUUAUAUCUCCAUGGACAUGUUUCUUUGCCCUGUGACAAUUUUGUGAUUCUGCACAAUUUCUUGUCUUUUUUCUCUAUUCUAUUUCCCUCUUUUUGGUUUUCAAAGUCAAUAAUUCCUCUUUGAGUGCUAUUUUCAACUGGAUGUGAUAUUCAUGAGCAGUUUAUGUCUCACCAUUCCAAUUCAAAGUGCUUUUCAUAUCUCAGGAUGGGAC